AUGGGUUUAGAUGCUAUGAACCAAUCUAUAGCCAAGAAUGCAGCUGAUGGAUCUUUUAUGGAUAAGACAUUCGCAUGGAUCACACAAAUACUUGAAAAAAUGGCAAAACAUAAUCAAGCUUGGCACUCAGAGGACACCACAGGUGGAAUUGCAUAUGGUUCUCCCUCCUUGACCACCAUGAUUAAGGAGAAUCAAGAAAGAGAUCAAGUAAUUGCAGGGUUUGCCACCAAUGUCAAUGUGUUGACAAAAAUGUUCACUGAAAGCCAAACGAAGAAGGUAAAUGUGGUGGAAGAUGUGCAACCAUCAUCAAGUGAAGAUUAUGAGGAAGCCAACUAUGUCAACAACUCUCAAGGAGGCUAUCAAAGGCAACAAUACCAAGGUCAAGGACAACAAAAUCAAUGGAGGCCUAACCCGCAAGGGCAAGGCAACCAACGGUGGCAAAAUGGCCAAGGUGGCUCAAAGCAAGGAAAUUGGAAUAAUAAGAACAACAACUUCUCAAAUCGGAGUUCAAACCCUUAUGUUCCACCAAAAGGUCAAUAUUCAAAUCAAGUUUCUUCAAGUGAUUCCAAGUUGGAAAGAAUGCUUGAACGGGUAUUGCAAAAUCAAGAGAGGUCUGACACUUCUAUGAGGAAUAUGACCGAGCUUGUUGGUUCUCAUACCGCAUCCAUUCAAAAAUUGGAGAUGCAAAUGAGAGAUCUUUCUAGGGAACAACAUCCGAAGCAAAAAGGGACACUUCCAAGUGACACAAUUGCGAACCCAAAGGGUAGUGGGAGUGGUCCAACUUCUCAUAUCAUUGCAAUUACUACUCGGAGUGGGAAGGUACUUCAAGGAGAUACCGAGCAAGUGGUUGAAGUGGAAGAGUCCGAAAAAGAGGUUGAGGCACAAGUUGAAGAGCCAAUUGUUGUUGAAGCUAGAAGAGUUCCGGAAGAGUUGAAAGUGCAAGAAGCAAACCGGGAAGAGGUAAAGGAAAAGGUAAAAGAGACACCAAAAGCUCUACCACCUAUUCCUAGAUCUCCACCUCCUUUUCCUCAAAUACUUUCUAGGAAGGUUGAUGAUAGCAAACUCGAAAAGUUCUAUGACAUUCUCAAGCACUUAUCGGUAAACAUUCCAUUCGUGGAAGCAUUUCAAGAGAUGCCGGGUUUUGCUAAAUAUUUGAAAGACUUGAUCACCAAGAAGAGAACCACCAAAAAUGAAGUGGUGAAUAUGACUCACCAGGUUAGUUCCAUCAUUGCAACAACCACCGUUUAA